AUGGGUUUUAUGUUGCUUGUGUCCCUAGGUUUAUUGCCGCUUCCGUCUAUUGGUUAUCUAGCUCUUGCUGUCAUUGGUACUCGGUGCAACUCUGCCAUUGGUUCUGUGGCUCUUCCUACGGUUGGUAUUCGGUCCCUUGCGUCCAUUGGUUUUGUGGCUCCUAGUGCCAUUGAUGUUCGGUUUGUUAUGUCCAUUUGUUGUCUGGAUGUUGCUGCCAUUGAUGUUUGGUCUGUUAUGUCCAUUGGUUGUAUGGAUGUUGUUGCCAUUGAUGUUCGAUCUGUUGUGUCAAUUGGUUGUAUAGUUGUUGCUACCAUUGUUGUUUGGUAUAUUGCAUCAAUUGGUUUUCUGGCUCAUGCUGCCAUUGGUUUUCGGUUGGUUUCGUCGGUUCCUCUCCUGUCGCUUUUGUCCCACUUCCUAACGCCCCAGUACAUUUUUUACUUUUACUUUGGUUCUUUGGAACGAUUUCCUUACACGUCCUUGCAUUGUGAGUUGUGCUAUGACAUCUACUACACCUUCUUAUUUUUGGUUCUUCACCUUUAG